GAAGCGUAAUUUAUGGCGGGGGAUAAGUAGAGUGAAUUGCUGUGUGUGUUUGGUUGGGUCGAGUGGAGUCGGUGGAAGUUAAGAUCCACUUAUUGCGCCUAUGCUUCUUCUGUUGAUAGAAAAAAAGUGUCUUAAGAUUGUUUGAAAGUAAGUCAAAAGAAGCAAAAAACUAAAGUGCUCUCUCACUAACAAGAAAACCAUUUUCCUGAUUGCACAAUAAAUUUUUGUGUCCUUUGUUUUGUCGUGAACUCAACCGAAAAAUCUAAGAGCAACGGCACAUGAGUUUCUUUAUUAUUGUCUUGGCCUUUUAAUUAAAUUGAGAGGCCGACCCCAUAAAUAAAAUAAAAUGAAGAGCAAGGGCAAGGGCCCUGUAUCCAUGAAGCGGAAGACGCGUGGGUUGCUGUCGUAAGAACCACAUAGAAUGAUGCCACGUGUAACUCGAUCCGAUGGGGAAGCAGUGAAGCAUGUGUACGGUUACUACGCUUACGUGUUAAGUGGGAUCCAUUUGCUGGUUUCACGCUUACGAUAAUUAGCGGAAUUACCUGCUUUGCUUUUCUUACUUAAACACCUUUUAAGAAAGUUUGAAGUGUUGUUACACUAGCUGAUUUGAGUAAGAGAGAGCAUCACAGAUUUAUACUAAUAACCAACCACUAAUACAACAAACAACGAGAAAAAUCCCUAAUACAUGAGUAUGCGUGUUUAACACUACCUUAAAUGAGAUUAAUGCUUUUUUCCCAAACCGUUAUGAUUAAUUAUUAUUAGUCCAUAAAUACCCCACUCAAAGACAAGCCAUAAAGAGUGUAAGAAAGAAGAGAGCACACAAGAACAACAAAACAGAGGAAGAAGAAGAAGAAGAUGAAGCUUCUGGCUCUGUUUCCAUUUCUAGCGAUCGUGAUCCAACUCAGCUGUUGGGAGCUAGGAACAGAUGCAUUACCGAGCGGUGGGUUCGUGAGGACGAAAGGUGUUCAGUUUAGUCUCAAUGGCUAUCCAUAUUACGCUAAUGGCUUCAAUGCCUACUGGCUCAUGUACGUAGCCUCCGAUCCAUCCCAACGGUCUAAGAUCUCCACCGCUUUCCAAGAUGCUUCUCGCCAUGGAUUGACCGUUGCUCGAACCUGGGCUUUCAGCGAUGGCGGUUACAGGGCUCUUCAGUAUUCCCCUGGCUCCUACAACGAGGAUAUGUUUCAGGGUUUGGAUUUUGCGUUAGCUGAGGCAAGAAGGCAUGGUAUAAAGAUAAUACUCAGCUUUGCCAAUAACUACGAGAGCUUCGGAGGGAGGAAGCAAUAUGUGGAUUGGGCUCGAAGCAGAGGCCGUCCCGUUUCUUCUGAAGACGACUUCUUCACUGACUCUCUUGUUAAAGAUUUCUACAAGAACCAUAUCAAGGCUGUGCUGAACAGAUUCAAUACCUUUACCAAAGUUCAUUACAAAGAUGACCCAACCAUUAUGGCUUGGGAGCUCAUGAACGAGCCCCGUUGCCCCUCUGAUCCUUCCGGAAGAGCCAUUCAGGCUUGGAUUACUGAAAUGGCUGCUCAUGUGAAAUCACUAGACAGAAACCAUCUGCUUGAAGCUGGCCUCGAAGGUUUCUAUGGUCAGUCUUCACCUCAAAGCAAGACUCUUAACCCACCUGGCCAGUUUGGAACCGAUUUCAUCGCCAAUAACCGCAUUCCCGGCAUUGAUUUCGUCACGGUUCACUCUUACCCUGAUGAAUGGUUUCCAGACUCAAGCGAGCAAUCCCAAAUGGAUUUCUUGAACAAAUGGCUAGACGCACACAUCCAAGACGCACAGAACGUUCUUCACAAACCAAUAAUAUUAGCAGAGUUUGGUAAAUCAAUGAAGAAACCAGGUUAUACCCCAGCGCAGAGAGACAUCGUCUUCAACACCGUGUACAGCAAGAUUUACGGGUCUGCAAAACGAGGAGGUGCAGCAGCAGGAGGAUUGUUCUGGCAACUUCUGGUAAACGGAAUUGAUAAUUUUCAAGAUGGGUAUGGGAUCAUACUUAGCCAAAGCUCGUCGACCGUUAACGUCAUUUCACAGCAAUCGCGGAAGUUGACUUUGAUUAGGAAAAUCUUCGCUAGGAUGAUCAAUGUGGAGAAAUGGAAGAGAGCGAGAGGUCAGGGACAAGUUGGGAAACGAGGUCACAAAAUCAAUAACUGAAAUGAUACUAAUUAAACCACUUUUUUAUAGCGAAUGGAACGAUCUCAGCUCGUCCACGAAAGUUAUAGUGAUAGAUUUCAUAAUAUAUAGUUUUUUGGCCGGAAUGAAUGAACUUUAUUAGUGCGACGAAAAUUAUUAGUAAUAACCCGUCAAAACUCAAAAGGUUGGUUAUUUAGUAAUGGGCUUUACUUAUUAGGCCCACUAUGAAAUACAAGGGCCUAGAAUUUCUCCAGCCACAUGUGAGUUAUAACAUGGGCAAAACCAUUCAACAAUGUUUGUUUUGGAUUCUGUGAAAGAGAUGACUAUCGUUGAUAAUUUGAAGGAUGAAGAAGAUUCAGAACAAUAAAACGUCGUCGGCGUUUGAUUUCAGACAUCGCCGGAGAGAACAAGACUCUCCAUUUGUUACUUCCAUGGCUUAUGUGGGUAGGUCUUGGCGUAAACUUGUAUUUUAUAUUCUCGAUUUGUACGGUUUAAUGAUUAAAGAAGAAAAUAGACAAAAAAAAAUUAUUUAGCUUC